AUGUAUGUGAAAUGCUUUGAUACAGUAAUGUUUUACUAUGUGAUUUUAGUGAAUGUCACUUUUUGUCAUUUUCAAAUUUCUUGCCGUUCCGUCCCCCGUACGUUCUGACUCUCGCAGAGAACGGAACCCAGAUGACAGAUGCCGGAUUACAUUGCCGGGGACACUGCAGGAGAGACAUCGCGGAAGUGCAGGACAAGGUAAGUGAUUGAGGGAUCCCGGAGCAGCGCCGCAUGGUAAGCCCGAGUGUAGCUUGGGGUUACCGUUUGUGCUACACUCGGGAAUACCGCCAGGGAGGUUA